AAUGAAAAUGAAAUGAAAGAAACAAACUACACUUCCCACAAUCCCACUCUGCCUGCCCAGAGGAACAGUCCGCUUCCGCUCACGUGCAAGGAGGAGGGGCGGGAAAGUGUGUCACUGGGGCACGAGGCUCUCCCUAGUCACGUGGUCCCGUUUUCUGCCGCGUGCGGCAGCAGCGUCCCGGAACAUGAUGAUGAUGAUGAUGAUGAUGAUGAUGAUGGGUCUGCGCGCAGUUUGAAGCGCGAGCAGCAGCUGCGCCAGACACAGAACCAGAACAACGGCAGAACCGCACUCUUCCUGCGGGAUUCCUGCUCCUUAGCUGCUCCCGCAUGUUGACGCGGCGGCAAGUGUGCGUGACUGGACCGCAGCUCGGCUUGACGACCACCGACAUGGACUCGAACAACAACAACUCAGGGGGCGUCAUCUCCUACGUGGGCUCCUGCCGAGGCUCCCCAUCCCGGGCCAGCCCGGACUCCAUGGACAGCGAGAACUCGGACGCCGGCUUCGCCUCCUCCUCUUCCUCGCUGCCGUCCUUCCUCAACAGCGACAGCUCCUCCUCCUCCUCCUCCUCCUCCUCCUCCUCUUCCUCCUCCUCCUCCUCGGCAGGCGGCUCUCCGCAGAGGCGGGACGACGACGCCGCCGGCCCUCGCAGAGCGUCGCCCAGCCAGUCCGUGGCCAGUUUGACCACCGUGCGUUUUGGCCGCAUCCCGAAGCGCGAGAAGCAGCGGAUGCUGGCGGAGAUGCAGAGCGCCAUGAACAACAUGGUGAACGACCAGCUGCAGAGCGACUUCCAGCUCGCCAGCCUGUCCUCUUCCUCCUCCUCCUCUUCCUCACCAGAGGGCGCCAUCGACCCCCAGCCGUCUCCUCCUCUUCCUCCCCCUUCCUCCCCGCCCCCCAGCCCUGGGAUCGACUCCACCAUCAGCGCCAUCGCCUGCGCGCACCGUGAAACCUUCCUGUAUGCACACGACAAGCUGAGCGAUCCGCAGCUUAGCCCCGCCCAUCGCCACCCUGGGGGGGCGGAGCUUUGUCCCAACCGCCUUCGGAACGCCUUCAGCAAAAACAGUAAUCACAAAAACACCAUGGACUGCUUCCUGCAGCAGGGCCACAACAACACAUGCAACUACCAUGGCAACAAGGGGUGGAGUCAGCAUUCCAGCACCGUGAUUGGAGGACAGAGUCAUGUGACCCAGCGGCAGAGAUGUCCGCCGAAGAGUCGCUCUGGGAUUGUUCUGGCUUGUCCAAUGAACCUGCAGCCCCAUGCAGACCCUUUGAAGGCGCCCCAGGAGAUCUGGGAGGACUUCUCGCUGUCGUUCACGCCCGCCGUCAGGGAGGUGGUGGAGUUUGCCAAGCACAUCCCAGGAUUCAACAGUCUGACCCAGAACGACCAGGUCACCCUGCUGAAAGCAGGCACCUUCGAGGUGCUGAUGGUGCGCUUCUCGUCACUGUUCAAUAUGAAGGAACAGACUGUGACGUUUGUCUCUGGCGCCACCUACUCUUUGGAGGAGCUCCAUGCGAUGGGGAUGAACGAGCUGCUGGCAGCCAUGUUUGACUUCAGCCAGAAGCUAGCUUCGCUGGCGCUGAGCGCCGAAGAGCUGGGGCUGUUCACCGCUGUGGUGCUGGUGUCCGCAGAUCGGUCUGGCAUCGAGGACCUGCCGUCCGUGGAGCAUCUGCAGGAGAACCUGAUCCGGGCGCUUCGCCGUCUGGUCAACAACUCGGCCGGCGCCGGCGAGCCGCCCGUCAUGGAUUCUCCACGCUUCACCAAGCUGCUGCUGCGGCUGCCCGACCUGCGGACGCUCAACAACAUGCACUCAGAGAAGCUGCUGUCCUUCCGCAUCGACCCCUGAUGGCCCGCAGCGCACCCAGACGCA